AUGAUUGAUCAAACCCAUGCAUUAUGCUCAAAAGUAUGGCAAUUUGUUUUAUGUAUAUUAUUCUCAGAUCAAGGACCAAAUGAACAUACUAAUACUACUUUAUUGCAAUAUUUUUCUCAGGAUAGUCUUUGGCUAGAUCAACAUUCAUUACUAACAAUAAAUCCAAAUGUAAAUAUAUCCUUUCGUCCAACAAUUGAUUUUACACGUCUUCCUAUUUGGCGUUUUACAAUUCGAAGACGAAAGACAACUCAUGGUGCUAGCGAAUAUUACUCAGAUAUUGAAUUAGAACAAUCUAAUAAUUUAAAUGAACAAAAUUUCAUAUGUAAAAAAUCUUUUAUACAUCGACGUAUAACAAAUAUUGUUUCGUUAACUCAACAAGAUAAUUGUUACACAAGUGAAACAGAUGAAAAUAAUAAUUCUUUUAACUCAUCUUUAAAUGAAAUGAACAGUAGUAUAAUCUAUCAAUGUUCAAUAUGUCUUGAAAAAUACUUUAAUAAUGUUUAUAUAUGCACAUUACCGUGUCUUCAUCAUUUUCAUCGAAAAUGUCUAUUCGAUUGGUUAUGUAAUAGUGAACAUAGUACGUGUCCUCUAUGUCGUACACCGGUGAUGAACUAA